AGCUUUUCAAGCUGUGCUGUACUACAUUUGGCUCUUACACUUUCAUUUGUGUUUGCAAAGCAGCUGGAUCCAGAUCUCCGCACAAACCCUCAACAAUGCUUAAGAGAGAAGUCAAGCCAUACUGGAAUCUGUCUGUCAAAGUUUUACAUGCGAAGAUCCAUCGGUCCUAUGACUACUUGUCUGCAUCUGACUGCUAUGUCAUCCUGAACUUACCCACAGCAUCGGUCCUUACAAAUCGCACCAAGACUAUCCCAAAUAGCGACAAUCCUGAAUGGAACGAAACGUUUAAAUUCAGGGUCCACAGCAACGUCAAGAACAUUCUGGAGAUCUUGAUCUAUGAUGAAGACCUAUUUAUGAGAGAUGACCAGUGUGCCACUAUUUUUUUUGACAUCAACAACCUUACACCCGGGAAAAAGGAGACCAAAUGCUUUAUUGUAAAUGAUACGACCAAGGAUGAACUGUGGGUAGAGUUUGAGGUCACUGAGAGCUCUGAGACACCAAGGCCAUGUGUAUCUAAUGGAGUAUUGGUGACAGGUCCUUUUUGUGAGCUGAAUGUGGAGAUAGACAAGCUUCUCAAUAAGUCUGAAGCAACGCAGAACAUGGUGUUAAAACUUAAAGGAGCCUACAAAGAGGAUUUUGUGAUCUCAAAUUCUGAGGAAAGCUCCGGCUUCCUGAAAACAUUACGUUACUACAUCAACCGAGACCUGGAAACUGAACUUAAUCUGACUUCUGAGACUAUUGUCAGCACAGAAAAUGCUGGGACAGUAGUAGUUGAUGCUGUUGUUCCAAACCAUGUAGACACUGAAUUGACUUCUUUCCCUUUAAAACCACCACCAGCCAAACACCAGCUUACUGUCUCUUUGCCUCUAGGAGUGAAUAAAGUUGAUCUGCAACUGAAAACAGAUGAUCGCUCUGAUGAAGAGCUGGAUGUGCGUCUGGAUUUUGAUAUCCCAGAGGAGGAAAAGAAUUUUCUGGUGAAGAGAAGAAAAGUCGUGUCAAAAGCUCUACAGAAAGCUCUGAAUCUCAGCUCUGCACCUGAGCCCAGCAAGGUCCCUUUGAUGGCUGUGGUGUGUUCUGGGGGCGGGAGCAGAGCAUUAACAUGCACGUACGGUAGCCUUCAAGGUCUCCGGAAGAUCCAACUUCUUGAUGCAGUCAGCCACAUCACAGGGGUUUCAGGUGCCACUUGGGCUUUAACCUCUCUUUAUGAAGACCCUAACUGGUCACAGGGGGGCCUUGAUAAGUCUAUGGAGUCUGUAAAGAAGGAAAUCUCUAAAAAGGUGCUCAGUAUGUUUUCCCUGGAGCAGCUACGGGAAUACAAAGAGAAGGUCGAAGAGCGAGUGAAAGAAGGACACCUCGUGUCUCUCAUCGAUAUGUGGGGUCUGGCUUUAGAGUAUCUUUUCCAAGGAAAGAAACGAAUGGGUACACUAUCUGAAAUGCAGAGGACAGUGUCCUACGGCCAGAACCCUCUACCAAUCUUCACAGCUGUCAACCUGAAGAAUGGCAAGACAGAAAGUAUAGUAGAUGCAGAAUGGUGUGAGUUCACCCCAUAUGAGGUUGGGAUUCCCAAAUACGGUGCCUUUAUACCUGCACAGAACUUCGGGAGUGAAUAUUAUCUUGGUCACGUGGUCAAGAAACUUCCUGAAACAAGGUUACCCUUUCUUGUGGGAAUGUGGAGCAGCAUUUUCUCUAUAAAUCUUACUGAGAUCUGGCGUCUUGCCACAGGAGUCGCCCCCUCCUGGACCCCUUGGUUUGGAGGAGCAGUGAGUAACACAGAGACUGAUAGUCAACCAACAGCACUUGGCACAUACCUGAUCAGUCCCGUGACUGACAUUGCUAAAAUUCUGUGUGGCUUUAUGACCAGCCGCCCCAUUGUCAGCCAGAUGUACAACUUCCUGAGAGGCUUCAACCUGCACAGGAACUACAAUAAGAACACGGGCUUCAUCUCAUGGAAAGACACACACCCAGAUGCCUUUCCCAACACUCUGACACCAACUGAUCCUGUGCUGAGUUUAGUAGAUGCUGGAUUUGCCUUAAAUUCAGGAUUCCCUCCUGUGGUUCGCUCUCACAGACAUGCGGACGUUAUUCUGUCUCUAAACUACUCCUGGGAACUGGAUCAGUUUAAGGUCAUAAAGCAAACUCAGGAGUACUGCACUGAUCGCAAGAUUCCAUUUCCGAAGAUUGAUUUCAAGAAAGUGGAGUCAGAGCCGCUGAAGGAAGUCUAUGUGUUUGAGGAUAAAGAGAAUCCAGAGGCUCCCAUAGUGCUUCACUUUCCCAUGGUCAAUGUCUCAUUCAAACAGUUCAAAGCUCCUGGAGUGAAGAGAGAAGGCGAGAAGGAGCGGAAGGAGGGAGCCGUUGAUGUUGAGUAUAACAGUACCUCCUCUCCAUAUCUCACUCAAAACCUGACUUACACACCGGAGGACUUCCAGAAGCUUAUCAACCUCACUUCCUACAACAUCCAAAACAACAAAGAUGUCAUUUUGAAUGCGCUAAACAAAGCACUUAACCAAAACAAAGAAAGACAGGUGAAGGAGGCGGCAGUAGGAAAGACCAGUUCAGGCUCUAGACCAAAACCAGAAUCACAUAAAAGAAAGAAUAAGGCACGGUGAUCUGCAACAGUGUACAGUACAUUUCAGAACAGAAAGUCUCUCUUCUGUAUCC